CCUCACGGAAUACGCCAUGGCGUCUGGCUUUGUCAAGAUCGCCAUGGACGAAUUCAAUUCCCACACGACCAACAAUUGGACUGGACUUCUGAUGCGCUACUGGACGAUAGUGGAGGAGGAAUUCGCAGAUGAGCGAGCGAAGGCGUAUCCUCUGAUGGACAAUCCAUUGUCAACCCUCGUCCUUGUGGGCGCCUACCUAGCCUAUGUACUCGUCAUUGGGCCACUCUACAUGCGCGACAGGAAACCAUUUCAGCUCAAAAACACACUCAUUUACUAUAAUGCCUUCCAAGUUCUCCUCAGUGGAUACAUGUUCUAUGAGCACCUAAUGUCGGGGUGGCUCUUUGACUACAACCUGAGAUGCCAGGCAGUCGAUUACUCGGACAGUUACCAAUCCAGACGGAUGCUCAAUCUCUGCUACAUCUACUACCUGUCGAAACUAUCUGAGUUCGCUGACACGAUCUUUUUCGUGCUGCGUAAGAAGAAAGCCCAAGUGUCCUGGCUGCAUCUCUAUCAUCACUCCCUCACGCCCAUCGAGGCGUUCAUCUUAGUCAGAUUCCUCGCCGGUGGAAAUGCCACAUUCCCCAACAUCCUCAACAAUUUCGUUCACGUGUGCAUGUACUUCUACUACAUGGUGGCCGCAAUGGGGCCACAGUACCAGAAGUACCUGUGGUGGAAGAAAUACAUGACAGAACUCCAGAUUGCUCAAUUUAUUCUCUGCAUCGCUCACACGAUCCGCGCCCUGGUGUCCGACUGCCAAUUCCCGGCUACUAUCUCUGCUCUGCUCCUCCUCAAUGCGUCCAUCUUCUUCGUCCUCUUCAUGAACUUCUACGUCCAGAACUACAACAGACACAAAACUCUUGCCAAGAAGAUAGAAUAAUUCAAAGACUUUAACCAUUUCUAAGAGAAUUCUGUAAAUAAAGCUUAGUUUGUAGCAA